AUGAAUUAUCGAUCGUCACAGUUGGGUUAUACAGAGGACUUUCGGGGUCUGGGUCUCUCCAGUCGAAAAAACUUAUGUCUGCACCCAUCAGUCAAGCGCGAAAAAAGUGGCACAGUUGUCGACGCCCGAUGCAGAAGUCUAACGGCAUCCUUUGUCGCGCAGAAGAGAGAACGUGGCGAGGAAGUAGAAGGCUGCACAUAUCAUGAUAAUCUGGAUUUAUUAGAGCCGCAUAACUUGAUUGAACCUGGUGUUUUCACAUUUGGUGAUCUUCUUAAAUACUGCCAAGAAAAAGUCACCUGUCCCUACUUCACUGUGAGACGCAUGUUGCCUUAUUGCAAUGUCAUCAUCUACAGUUAUCAUUAUCUUCUAGACCCCAAGAUUGCAGAACGAGUAUCCAGGGAGCUAUCAAAAGACUGCAUCGUUGUUUUUGAUGAGGCUCAUAACAUUGAUAACGUAGCCAUCGAGUCGCUCAGCAUUGACUUAACUGAAGACUCCUUGCGAAAGGCAUCUCGUGGUGCAAAAAAUCUCGAGAAAAAAAUUGAUGAGUUGAAGUCAUCGGAUGCUGAGAAACUACAGUCAGAGUAUACCAAGCUUGUCGAGGGCUUGAAAGCUACUGAAGAAGCACGAGACGAGGACUUGAUUAUGUCAAACCCCGUGUUACCACAAGACUUGCUAACCGAGGCUGUUCCGGGAAAUAUACGACGUGCUGAGCAUUUCAUCGCUUUUCUACAGAGGUUCAUACAAUAUCUUAUGACAAGGAUGAAAGUUACGCACACCAUCAGUGAAACAACACCGAGUUUUUUACAGCAUCUUCGUGAACUGGUUUUCAUUGAGGCCAAACCUCUCAAAUUCUGUUCUGAACGGCUAACUUCUCUCGUUCGUACGCUCGAGCUAAUGAAUAUCGAAGACUAUCAACCCCUCCAAGAGGUUGCUAUGUUUGCAACCCUAGUUAGCACUUAUGACCGUGGGUUUCUGUUGAUUCUAGAGCCAUUUGAAUCAGAAGCUGCUACGGUUCCCAACCCUGUCUUACACCUUGCAUGUCUAGAUGCGGCAAUCGCGUUUCGACCUGUCGUUGAACGCUUUUCAUCAAUAGUUGUCACAUCUGGUACUCUUACUCCCUUAGAUAUGUUCCCAAAGAUGCUCAACUUCACGCCAGUCUUACAAGAAUCAUAUACAAUGACUCUUGCCCGACGUUCCUUUUUACCCAUGAUAGUCACCCGAGGAUCAGACCAAGCACAAAUUUCAUCUUCUUUUCAAACAAGAAAUGACCCAAGCAAUCUACGAAAUUUUGGCACACUGCUAGUUGACUUUGCGAAAAUUGUUCCUGACGGAAUUGUGGUUUUCUUUCCGUCAUACUUAUACAUGGAGUCGACAUUGCAUGUCUGGUCCGGCAUGGGUAUCUUGGAUAUGAUCUGGAAUUACAAGCUUAUUUUGGUCGAAACUCCAGAUGCGCAAGAAUCGUCCCUUGCUCUGGAAACCUACAGAACGGCUUGCUGUAAUGGUCGUGGAGCUAUAUUAAUGUCUGUUGCAAGAGGGAAAGUCGCAGAAGGAGUCGAUUUUGACCAUCAAUACGGCCGCGCCGUCAUCUGCAUUGGCGUUCCCUUUCAGUAUACCGAGUCACGUAUAUUGAGAGCACGUCUUGAAUUCCUUCGAGAAAACUACAGCAUUCGGGAAAAUGACUUUUUGUCUUUCGAUGCUAUGAGACAUGCCUCGCAAUGUCUUGGUCGUGUCAUUCGUGGCAAGGAUGACUAUGGUAUUAUGGUUCUUGCAGACAGGCGUUUUGCACGCAAGAGAAACCAACUUCCGAAAUGGAUCAAUCAAACAAUCCUAGAGAGCGAAGUGAACCUGAGUACGGACAUGGCCGUCGCCACGGCGAAGAACUUUUUACGGACGAUGGCGCAACCCUUCAAGGCCAAAGACCACGAAGGUAUUUCCAGCUGGACGCCAGCACAGCUCCAAGAGCAAAUCGACAAACAGAAACUAGACGUGGAUCAACACAUGGUAGACAUGCAAACUGAUGGCCAAGCGGGGGUUAUUGACGGAAACAGACUGCACCCUGUUGCUGAAAAAGAUGAAUACGAUGAUGAUAUCGACGAGGACUUGAUGAUGAAGUUAGAUGCGGACUGA